AUCAUCUGCAAGGAGAGAAAUGUGCGGCUCGGACGCGCAGUCCUCGCGAAGCAGUGGCACCUAGGGCGCGCUCUGGACCGCCGGGGUCUGCCGUCUGGCGCUGCGCCACGUGCUUUGAUCCGAGCUGAUGUCAAGUGGGUGUGGGCUUUUAGGGAAGGCCGGGCGAGGACAAGGAGGGCGCGAGAUGCGCCGCGGGCGCGCUGAGGCCCCAGCGCGCUCCGCAACCCAGCGCUGCUGACCGUGGCCAGUCCCGGCUCCCGGAGUGGCUCAUGGAACCAAGGCGCUGCCCGUCCGGGCACGCGUGCCCCGCCGCCCUGGGGGGCUUGCGGGGGACGCUGCCGGGAGCCUGCAGCCAUAACCAGCAGACCACAGCGUUCAGGCAUCCUGUGAGCGGGCAGUUUUCUCCAGAAAAUAGUGAAUUUAUUCUUCAAGAGGAGCCAAAUCCACAUAUGUCAAAGCAAGAGAGAAACCAAAGACCGUCCAGCAUGGUCAGUGAAACGUCCACGGCUGGGACCACUUCCACCGUGGAGGCCAAGCCUGGCCCCAAGAUCAUAAAGUCCAGCAGUAAAGUCCACAGCUUUGGGAAGAGGGACCAGGCUAUUCGGAGGAACCUGAAUGUUCCAGUGGUGGUGAGGGGCUGGCUGCACAAGCAGGACAGUUCUGGGAUGAGGCUGUGGAAAAGGAGGUGGUUUGUGCUUGCUGAUUAUUGCUUGUUUUACUAUAAAGACAGCCGAGAAGAAGCGGUCCUUGGAAGCAUCCCUCUGCCCAGCUACGUGAUCUCGCCGGUGGCCCCUGAGGAUCGCAUAAGUCGCAAAUAUUCCUUUAAGGCCGUGCACACAGGGAUGCGAGCGCUCAUCUAUAAUAGCUCCGCCGGGGGCUAUCAGGCCGAGCAGUCGGGUAUGAGGACCUACUACUUCAGUGCCGACACCCAGGAGGACAUGAACGCUUGGGUCAGGGCCAUGAACCAGGCUGCACAGGUGCUGUCUCGAUCGUCACUGAAGAGGGACAUGGAGAAGGUGGAGCGGCAGGCGGUUCCCCAGGCCAACCACACAGAGGCCUGUCGAGAGUGUGGCCGCGUGGGACCUGGACAUGCGAGGGAUUGUCCUCAUCGUGGCCAUGAAGACUCCUUCGGAUUUGAGAGGCGGGAACAGGAGGAAGACCGGUACCGCUCCCAGAGGGACCCACUGGAGGGCAAGCGGGACAGGAGCAAGGCCAGGUCCCCAUACUCACCAGCUGAGGAGGAUGCCUUAUUUGUGGAUUUACCCAGUGGCCCGAGAGGCCAGCAGGCUCAGCCCCAACGGGCCGAGAGGAACGGUGUGCUGCCUGCCGCGUCUGGCCCAGGAGAGCAGAAUGGGACUGGCGGGUACCAGCGGGCCUUUCCUCCCAGGACCAACCUUGAGAAGCACAGCCAGAGGAAGAGCAAUCUGGCCCAAGUGGAGCAGUGGGCAAAGGCCCAGAAGGGGGACAGCAGGAGCCUGCCCCUGGACCAGACCCUUCCUCGCCAGGGUCCCAGCCAGUCCCUGCCCUUCCCAGAAAACUACCAGACUCUUCCCAAGAGCAACCGACACCCCUCGGGGGGCUCUUCUCCCCCUCCCCGCAACCUGCCCAGUGACUACAAGUACGCACAGGACCGAGCCAGCCACCUGAAGAUGUCGAGCGAGGAGCGCCGAGCACACCGGGAUGGCACUGUGUGGCAGCUCUACGAAUGGCAGCAGCGCCAGCAGUUCCGGCACGGGAGCCCCACAGCGCCCAUCGGGACCGGCUCCCCGGAGUUCACUGACCAGGGCCGGAGCAGGAGUAUGCUAGAGGUGCCCCGCUCCAUCUCUGUGCCUCCAUCGCCCUCGGACAUCCCUCCCCCAGGACCCCCGAGGGUCUUUCCACCCCGGCGGCCACACACACCAGCAGAGAGGGUCACCGUGAAGCCACCGGACCAGAGGAGGAGUGUGGACAUUUCGCUCGGAGGGUCUCCCAGGAAGGCAUGGGGCCACACCACCAAGAAUUCCUCUCAUGUGGACCGGCGCUCCAUGCCCUCCAUGGGUUACAUGACCCACACCGUCAGCGCUCCCAGUUUACAUGGAAAAUCGGCUGACGAUACCUACCUCCAGCUGAAGAAAGACCUGGAGUACCUGGACCUAAAGAUAAAAAAUAAUGAACCUUUGAUCAACGUGCUUUACAAAGUGCUGAAGAAGUCAGCACGGGGCUGUCGGCCCAGGAGAAGCAUGACAGGCCGGGAUCUUCUCAAGGACCGAAGUCUGAAGCCAGUGAAGAUUGCUGAGAGUGACAUUGACGUCAAACUGAGCGUCUUCUGUGAACAAGACAGGAUCCUCCAGGACUUGGAAGACAAGAUACGAGCCCUUAAGGAGAACAAAGACCAGCUAGAGUCCGUGCUGGAGGUGUUGCACAGACAGAUGGAGCAGUACCGAGACCAGCCCCAGCACCUGGAGAAGAUUGCCUACCAGCAGAGGCUGCUGCAAGAGGAUCUUGUCCACAUCCGGGCGGAGCUCUCCAGAGAGUCCACUGAGAUGGAAAAUGCCUGGAAUGAAUACCUGAAGUUGGAGAGAGAUGUGGAGCAGCUGAAGCAGACCCUGCAGGAGCAGCACAGUCGAGCCUUUUUUUUCCAGGAGAAAUCACAGAUACAGAAGGAUCUCUGGAGGAUUGAAGACGUCAUUGCAGGCCUGAGUGCAAACAAAGAGAACUUCAGAAUCCUGGUGGAAUCGGUGAAAAAUCCGGAGAGAAAAACGGUGCCUUUGCUUCCUCACCCACCUGUGCCUUCACUCUCGACGCCUGAGAGCAAGCCGCCCCCGCCGCCCAGCCCUCCCACCAGCCCCACGCGGACCCCUCUGGAGGUUCGUCUCUUCCCCCAGCUGCAAACCUACGUGCCGUACCGACCUCACCCACCCCAGCUGAGGAAGGUGACGUCCCCCCUUCAGUCACCCACCAAGACAAAGCCCAAAGUUGAAGACGAGGCACCUCCCAGGCCCCCGCUCCCUGAGCUCUACAGCCCAGAGGACCAGCCCCCGGCCGUGCCACCCCUGCCGAGGGAGGCCACCAUCAUCCGGCACACUUCAGUGAGGGGCCUCAAGCGGCAGUCAGACGAGAGGAAGAGAGACCGGGAACAGGGGCAGUGUGUGAACGGGGACUCGAGGGUGGAACUCCGGUCAUAUGUCAGUGAGCCUGAGCUGGCCACCUUCAGUGGGGACAUGGCCCCUCCCUCGCUGGGACUCGUGGGCCCUGAGAGCAGGUACCAGACGCUGCCAGGCAGAGGGCUCUCGGGGUCCACGUCAAGGCUCCAGCAGUCAUCCACCAUUGCUCCCUACGUCACCCUCCGGAGGGGUCUGGAUGCCGAAAGCAGCAAGGUGACCUACCCUAGACCCAAGAGUGCCUUGGAGCGCCUGUACUCAGGGGACCACCAGCGGGGCAAGAUGAGCGCGGAGGAGCAGCUGGAGCGCAUGAAGCGGCACCAGAAGGCGCUGGUCCGGGAGCGCAAGAGGACACUGAGCCAAGGAGAGAGGACGGGUCUGCCCUCGUCCCGCUACCUCAGCCAACCACUCCCCGGAGAUGUCGGCUCAUGGAAGCGUGAGCAGGACUUUGACCUGCAGCUGCUGGAACGGGCCGUACAAGGGGACAGAAAGGACAAGGAGGAGAAUGGCUGGCUGAAGGUGCAGGCCAUGCCUGUCACUGAGUUGGACCUGGAACCACAAGACUAUGACGUGGACAUCAGCAGAGAGCCUCCUGGGUCCUUUCCUCAGCUCUCCAAACCCGAGAAGGUCUCCAUCCCCGAGCGUUAUGUGGAGCUGGAUCCCGAAGAGCCGCCCAGCCUGGAGGAGCUGCAGGCUCGGUACCGCAAAGCCGAGAAGAUCCGUAACAUCCUGGCCCGGUCCAGCAUGUGCAACCUGCAGCCCACAUCUAGCCAGGACCGGGACAGCGUGGCCGAUCUGGACUCGCAGCUGCAGGAGCAGGAGCGCAUCAUCAACAUCUCCUACGCCCUGGCCUCGGAGGCCUCCCAGCGCAGCAAGCAGGUGGCAGCCCAGCAGCUGGCCCUCCUCCCGCCUAAAGGCCCCCUGUCCUCCAGGACGGUGCCACCUUACCCCCCCUUAAGCAACGGACUUCACUACACCUUUGUCUAACACCUGCCAACCCAGGCAGUGACUGACCCGUGAUCCAAUGUGCAGAGAAGUCCAGAGCCAGGGACCAUCCGAACAGUGUCCUCUGAGAAAACUGAUCCUUCCUCCCUCAAGGAAACCCCUUCCCGCCAAGCAGGGGUUCAGGCUGAAAGACGGAGCAGCCCCCGGACUAUGGAGCGUUCUCUGCAGGGCUUGGUCCCAACACCCCCGCUUGGUUUAGUUCAGACUCCUUUUCACAUGUGACAAAGGCACUUUUGAUACACACUGUAAAGUACUGACACUGUCUUUUAGAAUCAGGACCUAUUUUAUAAUGUUCACCUCAAGGGCUGAGUGGCUGAGAAGGUGAGGCUGCAAGAUUUGGAAGCUGCACCUAUGGAUUCAGGUACCGUGUGGGUGGCAGGUGUGGGUGGAGGCAGCGGGCAGGGUGAGCAGAGGCCAGUCCAAGCUCUGAUGAACACAAGUGAGGCUGGAUUGGUGCUGCGCUUCCAGUGGAUUCCAGUGUUAGGCUCAUGGGCGUGCUGUCCGGGGCAGAGAUCAGCCGUCCCUGCCCUGACUUGAUGACCCGCUUCAAGAUGGCACGUGGAGCCCACGCCUGCGCCUCGGCCUUGGGUUUGGUUUAGGGUCAACGGCGUGUCCAGGAGCUUUGGUUCCCAACCCACUCACGAAGGUCUCUUAGCAAAGGGCUCUUCACCAAAAUGCAAACAAAAACCCAAUUCACUUUCAUUAAAAACAAAAAACACUUUGAAGUGCAGAAAAGGUGAGAUGCAUCUUUGAUUGUAUCAUAAGCAAUAAAUGUCACACUAGGUGGUAUCUGUCUGCAACCCCCUGCGACCACACUAGGCUGUGAUAGGAAUCCCAGGAUUUUUGUGGCCUGCCCCCGAGGACACAGGUCAGCUCCCCUGGGACGUGAGUCGGGUGGCAGGGGGGCAGGCAGCACAGUCCCCCACCAUCCUUGAUGGCCAGCAGGGCUGAUGGCAGGACUGUGACUUGACUUCCAGCCUAAUAAGGGGAGGGGGCUGCCAAGCCAGGCACAAGGUUUGUGGCCCUUUAUAUAAGUCAUGAGCUCAUGAUGUUCUGCAUCUAGAAAAUGAGGUGGAAAAGGAAAACAAAACAAAACAAAACUCCAUUGCGUGGAGCCACACUUUAAAUGAAAAUUUGUCUGUGACUGUGGUCAGAAAAAUAAUCUUGAAUAUAUUUAGAAGUUGCCGUCUAUUUUUAACUAACUCCAUAUGCUGCCAGUAUCAACUUCAUGACAUUUGCCAAAAUAAGAUUUUAUUUUUGCCUUUAUAAGAU